AUGAAUAUAAGACACCAUUUUUCCUCUGUCGAGCACCCACAUACCAAUGGGCUCACAGAGGCAGCUAAUAAAGUGAUUUUGCAGACCCUUAAGAAAAAAUUGACCGAGGAUAAAGGUUGCUGGGCCGAACUUAUACCAGAAAUACUGUGGAGUUAUAACAUAACUCCUCAAACCACGACAAAAGAAAGCCCUUUUCGCUUAGUGUACGGAACAGAGUGCGUAAUCCCUUUGGAAAUUAGCCAAGGCUCGACCAGGACCGAACACUUCAAUGAGAGUGCCAAUGAACAAUCUCGGCGUGCCGAAAUUGACGUCGUUGAGGAAGAACGCAAUUACACAGAGCUAAGACAAAAGUCAAUGCAACUAGCUAUGAAGCGUCAGUACAACAAGAAAGUAAAACCAAGGAUCCUUAAACAAGGAGACCUAGUGCUCAGACAACUAGAAGAUAUUAGGAAGUCACCAGGCCAUGGAAAGUUAGCAGCAACAUGGGAAGGACCUUUUUGGAUCGCCAAAGUGAUCGGAAGAGGUGCCUACUGCUUAGAGACAUUGAACGGAACAGCCUUACCAAAUACAUGGAAUAUUUCGUCACUUAAAUACUACUAUAGCUAA